AACAAAACAAAAGGCUUUGAAAUGACUAUAUUAUAUAGUUAAAUAAAAUGAAUCGCAUCUUUGAAUAGUCACUCCCCUUAGGCGGUGCUCUGUCGCAUAUGAGCAUCGCGUGUUCAUUCGCCCAGGGCAAAUUCUUCUCAAAUCUCAAUUACACGAUUGUUCCGCGUAUCAUCAUCUAUGAUUGUCUUCAGGAUAAGAAAUGCGCACAAAAGAAAAUGUGCGCUCGUUUGCCUUUCUGUUGCUGUUGUCAUCACAUACAGAUACCUCGGCUGGCAAUUCUUCAGCACGUCCAGAGGUGGACAUCGGAUAAGCAGAAAAGUCGGACUAAGUGCCAACUCAUCCCAGUUCACCUUGGAUGGUGAUCCCUUUCGAAUCCUCGGAGGAUCCAUCCACUAUUUCCGCGUGCCCAGGGUCUACUGGAGGGACCGCUUGAUGAAAAUGAAAGCUUGUGGCAUCAACACCCUCACCACAUACGUGCCGUGGAGUCUGCAUCAACCACAGAGAGAGGUCUUCAACUUCCGUACACAGCUGGACUUAGAAGCAUAUAUUAAUCUCGCAGCCGAACUGGGUUUGUGGGUGAUUUUACGUCCAGGGCCGUACAUCUCCUCGGAGCUGGACCUCGGGGGGCUUCCGAGCUGGCUUCUCCAAGAUGGCGACAUGAGAGUGAGAACAACAUACCCUGGAUUCACUGAGGCUGUCAACAUUUUUUUUGACAAACUUAUACCAAAAGUUGUUCCUUUUCAGUUUAAGAAAGGUGGUCCCAUCAUUGCUGUCCAGGUUGAGAAUGAAUAUGGGUCUUAUGCCAAAGAUGAUACUUACAUGGCUUUCAUUAAAGAGGCUUUGCAGUCCAGAGGGAUCAGUGAGCUGCUGCUCACGUCAGACAACCACAACAAUUUAAAGUCAGGGGGUGUAGAUGGAGGUAAUUUAUCAUCAUAUUUAUCAUCAAUCAAUACACACACAUCACUUUACUUCUACUUCCUUGUAGUCUUGAGAUCAUUGAAGCUGCAGAAAGUAAAUCAGAGAGACAUUCGGGAUCUGAACAUCAUCCAGCCAAAGCGGCCAACUAUGGUUAUGGAUUACUGGACAGGCUGGUUUGAUGUAUGGGGUGACCUCCACCAUGUGCUCCCCCCAGAGGAUAUGGUGUCCACAGUUCGAGAAAUUCUGAGGCGUGGGAUGUCCGUAAACCUCUACAUGUUCCACGGAGGCUCCAGUUUUGGUUUCAUUAGUGGAGGGCUGGCUGAACCUUCCUACAAAGCAUUGGUCCCUAGCUACGAUUAUGACGCUCCUUUGUCAGAAGCUGGCGAGUACACUCAGAAGUACCAUCUCCUCCGAGAUCUAUUCUCUCAAUUCAACAAAGAUGAAGAGUUGGCCGACCUGCCAGCGCUUCAACAUAAAGAAGCGUAUGAAACAGCUAUCAUGUACCAGCACUUGUCCUUAUGGGAUGCUUUGAGCUUUACUGAGGGACCAUUUAAAUCCGUCACGCCGGUUAACAUGGAGAAACUACCGAUGAACAACGGGAACGGACAGUCGCAAGGAUACACGUUGUAUGAGACAACAAUCACCACUGGAGGUUUAUUGACGUCAGGAAACAAUGUUAAAGACCGUGCCCUUGUUUUUAUCGACAAAAGUUAUAUUGGGCUAUUCAAGCGUCAGAAUUUGGAAUUAGCAGUUCCCGAUGGCGAGGGGCAGCGGACUUUAAGUUUAUUGGUGGAAAACUGUGGACGAGUUCACCGGGGAAGGGAUCUUGACAAACAGCGUAAAGGUCUUGUUGGAGACAUUUUAUUAAACAAUAUUCCACUACGGGAGUUCACAAUAUACAGCCUGGAAAUGAAACCAGGUUUUAUUGAUAAUCUCUAUCAGGCUCCUUGGAAAACACUUCCCGAAAAUCCCAGUUUCCCUUCUUUUUUCAUGGGCCAGCUUUUUGUAUACGGCUAUCCCAGCGAUACUUUUGUGAAACUUCCGGGUUGGGAGAAAGGCGUUGUGUUUAUCAAUGGGAUCAACUUGGGCCGGUACUGGUCCAUUGGACCCCAGCAGACGCUUUACCUCCCUGGUCCAUUUCUCAACAGGGGAAUCAACCAGAUCAUUGUGUUUGAAGAGCAAGAAGGUGAUUUCAAGGUGAACUUUGAGGACACGGCAGAUCUUGGCAUGGCAGCUGACAUUCAGUGAUUCUCCUCAUCUCUUAUAGGUCUUGUAUGCUGUUUUUCUUCUUCUUUUUUUUUAAUGAUGGUUAGUGGAUUUACUGUGAAUA